AAGUCAAUUCUCUCUAUAGAGUAAAUCGCAUAAAAGGCCCACUAUAAAAUAAAGGCCUAAUAAACUGUAAUAUCUAAUCGGCCCAUAUAUAUCAGGGUUACAAGCUCUAUAAUAUAUGCGUCUCCCAUCUUCGUGGCAAACCCUAGCGAGUUAUCAACCGAGCCGCUCUCCAAAAGCAUAAUCGAACCUAGUCACAGAUUAUAAAAAAAAAUGUCGACCGUGGGAGAGCUUGCUUGCAGCUACGCAGUUAUGAUCCUCGAGGACGAGGGUAUUUCUAUCACGUCCGACAAGAUCGCUACUUUGGUCAAAGCAGCUGGCGUUGAGAUUGAGUCAUACUGGCCAAUGCUAUUCGCCAAGAUGGCUGAGAAACGGAAUGUGACUGACCUCAUCAUGAACGUUGGUGCUGGUGGUGGAGGCGGUGCACCUGUUGCUGCUGCUACUCCAGCUGCCGGUGGUGGUGCCGCGGCUGCUGCACCUGCCGCUGAGGAGAAGAAGAAGGAGGAAGUGGCGGAAGAGAGUGAUGGUGAUUUGGGUUUCGGCUUGUUCGACUAAGCAGCCAGCAAUUUACGUGUUUGUUCGUAGUUUGGUUUUCAUUAUUUUGUUGCAUCAUCUAAGUUACUACUACUUGGUUUGGUCUAAGUUGGAAGUAUUCUGCUGUAUUAACUCAAGUCAACCGAGCUAAUCAAUCAGCUCUAUCUUUUGUUAUAAUGGAUUUUGUUUGCUUUU